AUGGAGGCGAACCUCUCUCUGACAUGCGACUCUCACCUGGAGUUUCCCCAAUCUGGGGGUCGCGAUUCUCAAGCCGAGGAUGCCUUCAGAUUGGAAGGUUUUCACGAUUGUGUUGAGGGUGUUUUUGUAAAUCUGUGCCACGCCCUUGGUCUGCAUCUUGGUUUUGAUGGUGUCGAGGGAGAGGAGGCAGACGUAAGUGAAGGCGCCAACGAGACCGCCCGCGACAACGUCGAUGAAGGCACGAUCGAGGACGAAAAGGGUUUUGAGGAGGGGCUUUGGGCUGGGCCAGGCCCAUUUGGAGGUGGAGGCGAAGGGAAGAGUGGGGGUGUGGGAAGAAAAGUGUGUGAGGAGAGAAGAAAAAUCGGUGAGGUUGGCGUAUUCUUUGCAGGAAAAGCUGUAGAUACGGAAGUUGGACAAGGGUGCCGUCAAGUUUUUGGAGAUAUUGGUAAUUUGGAGGUGCCUAGAAUCACUGAAGGGAAAUUGAUUUCAAGGCCAAUAAAAAGGAACUUCAAUGCAAAACUGUUGGCAAAUGAAGAAAAUCUGGCAAACGUGUUAGAAGUUGAAGCUAACAAGCAAGGAGCUACACAGGGGAAGAAAAACGUUAUUGUACCUGCACUCGACAAUGCUGCAAUUGUUCACCAAGAACAUGGCGCAGAAGAUUCAACGCACAAGCCAAAUCCUGAACCUGUAGAUAUGGUUAAUUUUGAAGCUGAAGAUAGCGCUAAUUUUGUUUGUGAAAGAGGGUCAAGGGAAAGAUCUCGUAGGAAUGUCAAGACGCUGACUUCAGAAAUUAUAGCACAGAGCAAGAAAGCUUGCGUAGUAUUGAAUGACACUAAGGAAGAGCCUGUUGACAUGGAUGCAGAUGAUCCUAAUGAAGUAGUUGUAGCUGAAUACCUUGAGGAUAUAUACAGAUUCUUUAACCUAACAGAAGUACCAGCUAUCCUCAAAUCUUAUUCAUUUCAUAUCUAUGUCUUCAUUCUCUUAUUAUUGCAACUUAUGAUGCAGCAAGAGACUGACUAUCAAGCUUCAGAUUACAUGAAAAAGCAACAUGGAAUUAAUGAUAAGAUGAGAUCUAUUAUAGUGGACUGGCUGGUCGAAAACCCACAUGAGAUUUCAAUUAAUGCCUGAGACACUCUUUCUUACCGUAAAUAUAAUUGAUCGAUACCUCUCAUCAACAAUUGUGCCUAAAAAGGAAUUGCAAUAGUUGGGCAUUAGCUCAAUGCUCAUAGCUUGCAAAUACGAGGAGAAAUUGUCUCCAAUGGUACUUUAGCACUAACCUUCACUUGGUCGCACACUGAACCUUUCAAAUGAUGCCUACUCCAGAAAUUCAAUGGUAGUUAGCACUAACCAUCACUUGUCUCCAAUGGUAGUUAGCACUAACCUUCACAAUGGUGGUAGUUAAGCUAUUCUAACCUGAAAUUUCAAAACAUACGUUAAAGAAUUCAUAAGCAUAUCAAAUGAUGCCUACUCCAGAAAUCAGAUCCUUUACAUGGAGAAAGCAAUUCUGGAGAGGCUAGAAUGGAAAUUGACUGUCCCAACCCCCUAUGUCUUCUUAGUUAGACUCACCAGAACUUUUGCUCUAUCACCAGAUCAGCAGGUAAUAGUAAUAUACUUGAACUCGAAUACAAAAAACUAUCAAAUACAGCUUACAUGCUUCACUUGUCAUUUAAUUCAUAUUGUGCAGAUGAAAAACAUGGCAUUUUUCUUAGCAGAACUUGGCCGUGUGCACUACGGAACCGCAAAUUUGUUCAUCCCCCUUCAAUGACUGCCGCAGCAGCUGUGUAUGCUGCUCAAUGCACACUCAAUAGGAAACUCAAUGCACACUCAAUAGGAAACCCCUAUGGAAUGAUGAAAUCCUAAAGAACAUGGCAGGCUACACCGCACCACAAAUAAGGGAUUGCGCCAAACUUCCAAUGAAGUUACACCCAAGUGUUCCAGAGAGUCAAGUGAUAGCAGUGCACAGAAAAUUCUGCACUGUAUGCAGAGUGCAGAGGAGGUGUUGUUUUUCUAUCAUCACCGAAGGAUAUAUAAAAUUAGAGAAUUAUCUCGUUUUUCAACAUAAA